AUGGCACCAAUUUCUGCACCCUCGACUAGCUUAGAAAAGAAGCCAGUCAACUUCUCGAAUAUCCUGCUUGGUGCUGGAUUAAAUAUGUUUGAAGUUACUACGCUUGGUCAGCCUCUUGAGGUCAUCAAGACGACCAUGGCUGCUAACCGAGGCGACAGUUUUCCUUCUGCUAUUAAGAGAAUUGCUGGCAGAGGUGGUGUAUUUGGAUUCUACCAAGGAUUAAUUCCAUGGGCCUGGAUUGAAGCAUCGACCAAGGGAGCAGUUCUUCUCUUUGUGUCUUCAGAAGUCGAGUAUCAAGCCAAGAGAAACUUUGCUCUUGGCAACUUUGGAUCCGGUAUCUUGGGUGGUAUGGCUGGAGGUGUUGCCCAAGCAUACCUUGCCGUUGGUUUCUGUACCUGUAUGAAGACAGUCGAGAUCACUCGUACUAAAAACGUUGCACCUGGCGUCAAGGUUCCCAGCACAUUCCAAGUGUUUGCCGACAUCUACCGCAAAGAGGGUAUUCGAGGAAUCAAUAAAGGAGUCAAUGCCAUUGCCAUUCGUCAAUGUACCAACUGGGGAUCACGAUUCGGACUCUCACGUCUGGCCGAAGACGCCAUCCGUAAAAUGACCGGCAAAACCAACAAAACCGACAGUCUCAAUGCCUACGAAAAGAUUCUCGCAUCAGCCAUCGGUGGAGGUCUGUCCACCUGGAACCAGCCCAUCGAAGUGUGCCGUAUCGAAAUGCAGUCCAAGACCGAAGACCCCAACCGACCCAAAAAGCUCACCACCUGGACCACCCUCAAAUAUAUUUAUUCGCAAAACGGCAUCAAGGGUCUCUACCGCGGUGUCACUCCCCGUAUUGGACUCGGCAUCUGGCAGACCGUGUGUAUGGUCGGUCUCGGCGACAUGGCCAAAGAGGCCGUUGCCAAACUCACUGGCCAAAAGCCCGUUGGAAAGGGCCACUAA